AUGAGAUUAUUUUUGUUUCAGAUAUUAAUAUUUACUGGCAAUAAUAUAGCGUUGUACAAUCGGAUUCUUGAAAUUGUGAAAGCAAUCAUAACAUAUGACACUCAUACUAUCGCUCAUUUGUCGUAUGAAGCAUUUAGUAAAUAUGAAUGGAUUGUAGAAAAUACAGCAUGUUUAAUCGUAGCUGAUACCGCACAUUUAGAUGAUAAGUGUUGGAUUCGAUUGCAACAAUAUUUUAACAAUUCCGGUAAAAUGCUAUUUCUUUGCCAAAAUAAUCUUUUGGCUAGUAUAACUGCUUGCGAAACGUCAAAAAAAACAGCCAGAUUGUUAAAAAUGGCAUUUGGAGAGCGGCAGUCAAAAAAACUUGGCAAAAAUUUCGAGACUUUUUUGAAAAAAACCGUUAAAAGUUUACUCAAAGAUAAAAAGGUAUAUCAAACAUUCCAUGCAAAGGAUUUUGUUGGUGGCUAUAAGUAUUCCGUCGUACUGAGUAAAAGUGAAGACAGCCCAUUACUGCUAUACAUGGAGAAUGCUGCUCAACAUGCAAGUGCUUUAUUUAGUGAUGCGACAAGUGAGCAGUUACUUCAGUCUGGAUCAGCACUAAUUGCUGAUGCACUCUCACGUCUUUCAAUUAAGAUUAGUACAAAUUCAACGGCGUUAUCUUGUACGCCAGGAUAUUUCAUUUGUGAAUACGAUAGAAUGCCUUGGGAUAUGGAAGUAAGUAAAGGCAUGCGUUUUGACGAACCUUUUGGCAGCAUGCCUAAACUCUUACUGAGGCAGAUCAGAAAACAUGGACCUUUGCCUGAAGCUUCUAAGGAAUUAUUGCCGAUUGAAGUACGGACUCGUGUCGAUCAUUUACCUGAUUCUUUUAACGAUGAGAUAUAUUUCAAAAGACUUAGCACUCGGAAGCUCGGAAAAGCUUUACUUUAUGUUCCUGUAUGUGAGACGACAAUGAAGAUAGGAAAAAGUUUGGUGUGCGUUAUGCCAACUGAGCCAGUUGUUAUCGUUGCAAGACAACAAAUUAAUGGAACAGGACGAAAAGGAAAUCAAUGGUUAAGUCCUAUCGGAUGUGCUAUGUUUACAUUUAAUUAUAUGUUGUCAUCUGAAUCAUCUCUUUGUAAUAAUGUUGGCUUCAUUCAACAUAUUCUUUGCGUGGCAGUUGUUGACGGAAUUCGUUCUCUUCAAAAUUUCCCAUUAAGAAUCAAAUGGCCAAAUGAUAUUUAUUAUGGUCGAACAUGUAAAGUGGGUGGUCUAAUUGUAAAUGCGACAACAUUUAAUGACAACAUUGUUUGUGUUGGUUUGAAUUUAACGAAUAGCAAACCAACAGUCUGUAUCAAUGAUUUAUUGCCACCUGAAUUAAGAAUACAGCAAGAAGAUUUCAUAGCAAACGCUCUCAAUAAAUUUCAGUAUUAUAUGGAUUUAUAUGAACGUGAUGGUCAAGAUGCAUUUUUGAAACAUUACUACCAAUUUUGGCUUCACAGUAGGGAAGAAAUAAUCCUUUCGGAUACCAAUGAAAAGGUUGUGAUCCGGGGACUGGACCGUUAUGGAUAUCUUGAAGUUCGGAGUCGCAAAAGUGGAAAAACAAUGGCUGUGCAUCCGGAUGACAACACCUUCGACAUGAUGAAAGGUCUUAUUAUAGCCAAAUAUGUAUGA